AGUUGAGACCAUUAAAAAUCGAAAAAGAAAAAAAAAUAUAAUAAAAUUUAUCUAAAGAUUUUAUUAUUACAUUUUUAUUAGAUAAGAUAUAAUUUCUAUUAUAUUUUCUUGUUUUUUUUUAUAUUUUUAACCUUUUAAUAAUUUUAUUACAGGUAAAUCUCUAUUACAUUUUUAUUAGAUAAGACAUAAUUUUUAUUAUAUUUUUAUACAUUUUUAACCUUUUAAUAGUUUUAUUACAGGUAAAUCUUUAGAUAAUUUUUAUUAUCUUUUCUGGGUUUUUACAUUUUUAAUUGAUACAUAUAUGAUGUUGAUGUUAGAAACCUAUCAAACUCAUAUAUUUACAAAAAAAAAUUAAAAGUGCUAAUUUUGAAAAUGUAGGUUACUAAUUUUUAGAUAACAUUAUAAAACUUUUAAUUUUUUGAUUUUUUUGGAUUUUUAACAGUAAAACCCCUAAUAUAGAAACCCCUAAACUAAAAAUUUACCGGUAGUAAUGGUAAUUAUGACCUAUUAGAUUCAUUAAAUAAAGUUAGUUUGAAGUUUUUUUUGUUAAAUAAAUAGUUUGGAAAUUUUUUCCCAAAAUAAACUUAGCCAAAGGGUUUUAAAGAUAAAAAUCUUAUUGCAGUAAUAGAGACAGUUUCAAAUAUAUAUAUAUAUAUUCAGUUUUUUCAUCUUGGGUAUCUUUUAAUACACUGCAAUAAAAUCAUAUAUGAUGAACUCCUGUGAAAUUACGUAUGUCAUCAAAAAUAUGUUUGAACGUUAAACAACAAACAAAACGAUUAUCUCCUUUCAUUUUGUCACGGCUCCCACUGCUAUUUAUAUUAGUCUGUAUCAUCUUUGAACCUGCCUAUUCCACCUAAAAAUUUGUAGAUUUUGUAAAUAAAGUUUGUACUAUUUAUUUCCAAACUUAAAAUUAUAAAACAGUCAAAAUUUAUAAAUUGUAAAUAAUACUCUUGAUUAAAUUGAGACGCUUCAGAUUUGCUUCCCGGAGUUCAACAUCACUUAUGUUCCACGAGCGCGAAAUCAGUUUUCAGAUAUUUUAGCUAAGACUGCUAGAUCUUUCCAUAGGAAGUUAUAUUUUAUUGGUUGUUCAAUUCCGGUCUGGUUACUCAGACCACCUCAAGCUUGAAUAAUAUAAUAGCUUUUGAACGUCAAAAAAAAAAAAAAAACGUGGAGACAGGGUGUAGUGUAGUGGCUAACAAACUUAUAGUAGUAGUUUAGUCUUUGUACAAUAUUCUUUUUUAUGACUCUCCUAUAGAAAAUUCUAUAAAUAUCCACUAAAACGCCAUAAUUUAUCUCCACCCUUCUCAAAGAAUAUAAACACACUACUACUUGAGAUUUUGUUUCAGAUUUUUCUGGUACACAAACAAAUGGCUCCAAGAACCUCUCUUGCACUCUUCCUUUUCCUUAACCUCCUCUUCUUCACUUACACUACUGCUCAAGGCACUUGUCCUAGAAAUGCCCUUCAGAUCGGUGCUUGCACUAAUGUGCUCAAUGCAAUUGACUUAACAUUAGGAAACCCACCGCCACCAGUACCGCCGUGCUGCUCGCUCAUUGCAGGCUUGGCUGACCUUGAGGCUGCAGUCUGUCUCUGUACCGCGCUGGACGUUAACGUUCUUGGCAACAACGUUCACCUUCCCAUCGAUAUCAGCGUACUUUUAAAUGCUUGUAGCAGAUUUGCUCCACCAAGUUUCCAAUGCCCGUAAGUUGAAUACGUAUGAGAUAUCUGAAGACAUACCGAAAAAAUAAAGGUUGAACUUGUUGCCUGUAGUCUUUUGCUUUUAAACUGGUGAUUUCUUUUGUAUUUGUAACUUUCUUCGAUUGAAUAAAAUGAUGAGUGUAACGUUCUCAUGCAAUAAUGGGUUUGUGUGUGUAAUCGCCAUGUUCGUUGCCCUUUUACUUCAUUGUUCUACCUUACCUUCGUUUGUAAAACGUUUCGUUCGAAUUUGAUUAAUAAAAGCUUCAAUCGGUGUUAUUGUCUA